AAUUAGUUCAAACAUGACGUAAAGUCAUAACUAGAAAAACAACCUUUGUAUGUGUGGGUAUCCGGUGCGGGUAUAUAUUUUCGUGACAAAUCUUGCAUCAGUGCGAAAUUCAUUAAUGUGACAGAUAUUUCGCAUCAGUGCGAAAUUCAUUAAUGUGCAAGAUGCAACGACUACUGUGCGCAUUGGCGAUACUAUCAACGGUAGUCGCUCAAAAAGAUCCGCACUAUGCGCCCGGCCAUGAUGGAAUGGUGCACCUCUUUGAAUGGAAAUGGAACGACAUCGCAGAUGAAUGCGAAAGAUUCCUGAGUCCCAUGGGAUUUGGUGGCGUACAGGUUUCUCCGAUUCAAGAAAAUGUGGCCAUAGGCAAUAGACCAUGGUGGGAACGCUACCAGCCUAUAUCUUAUAAAUGGCACACGAGAUCGGGCACGCCACAAGAAUUCGAGAACAUGGUUCGCAGAUGUAACAAUGUCGGCGUAAGGAUUUACGUUGACGUAGUGUUCAAUCACAUGAGCGGCAAUUGGAAUAACGCUAGGGGUACCGGCGGUUCAACAGCGAACACUUAUGACUUCAGCUAUCCGGCGGUUCCUUAUUCCCGAACCGAUUUUCAUUCUCCUUGCGAAGCCAAGAAUUAUCAAGAUCCAGGAAAUGUGCGAAACUGUGAAUUGGUCGGUCUGCACGACCUCGAUCAAUCGAAGGAAUGGGUCAGAGGAAAGAUUGUCGAUUUCUUGAACGGAGCUAUUGAUGCUGGAGUCGCUGGUUUUCGAGUAGACGCAGCAAAACAUAUGUGGCCGGCGGAUUUAAAAGUGAUUUACUCUCGAUUGAAAAAUCUCAAUUCCCAGUAUUUCCCACAAGGUGCGCGACCGUUCAUAACUCAAGAAGUGAUCGAUUAUGGCGGUGAAGCUGUCAGUAAAUACGAAUAUAAUUCCUUCGGCACGGUAACGGAAUUCCGAUAUGGAAUGGAAGUCAGCAAUGCUUUGAAUGGGCGCAAUCAAUUAAAAUGGUUUGUCAAUUGGGGUGAAAAGUGGGGCCUGUUACCAUCAGGGGAUGCUCUGGUAUUUAUUGACAAUCAUGACACUCAGCGUGGUAAUGCCAAUAUACUCACCUACAAGUCAUCGAAAAAAUACAAGAUGGCUGUUGCCCUUAUGUUGGGGCACCCUUACGGAAUUCCGCGUAUCAUGAGCUCCUAUUAUUUUGAUCACUUUGAUGCCACUCCGCCGCAAGAUUCAUCUGGCAAUCUUAAAUCCCCAAUGAUCAACUCUGAUAAUACCUGCGGUAACGGCUUUGUCUGCGAGCAUCGAUGGCGUCAGAUUUAUAAUAUGGUGCGCUUCCGAAACGCUGUGAAAAAUACAGGCGUCAACAAUUGGUGGGAUAAUGGCAACAAUCAGAUCGCUUUCUGUCGUGGAAAUGCAGGAUUCAUCGCAAUCAAUAACGAUGGUUAUGACUUGAGGCAAACUCUACAUACCUGCUUGGAGCCUGGCAGAUACUGCGAUGUUAUUUCUGGAAAUUUGGAGAACAAUAGGUGUACUGGUAAAGUUGUAACAGUAGAUCAAAAUAGGAAUGCAUAUAUAGAAAUCCCCAACAAUCAGGACGACGGUGUAGUCGCCAUUCAUACAGGGGCAAAACUGAAUUAAAAUCUGACUGGAUGAAAUAAGGACCGAUGUAAAAUGUAUCCACACUAUAAUAACUAUUAUGAUAUUAUAAUUCGUAUAUAAAUUAAGAAAAAUUUUAUUCAUAUUAUUCAUUCGAAAUUAUAACUUGCUUGUGUAUCUUGUUAAAAAUAAAGUAUAGAUAUAUCAAUAAAAAA